AAAAAAAAAAAAAACAUUUUGUAAGAAUGGCAAUGGCGUUGGCUCUUCGUAGGCUCUCGUCGUCUGCAGACAAGCCGUUGCAACGUCUCUUUAAUGGCGGUCAGCUCUACUCCAUGUCGUCUCUGCCUAGUGAAGCCGUGUACGAGAAAGAAAGGCCCGGCGUCACUUGGCCAAAGCAGUUGAAUGCUCCACUUGAGGUUGUGGAUCCUGAGAUUGCAGAUAUUAUUGAGCACGAAAAGGCUCGUCAAUGGAAGGGUCUUGAACUCAUACCAUCAGAGAACUUUACCUCCCUAUCAGUGAUGCAAGCAGUUGGAUCUGUGAUGACUAACAAAUACAGUGAAGGCUAUCCAGGUGCUAGAUACUAUGGUGGAAACGAGUACAUUGACAUGGCUGAAACUUUGUGCCAAAAACGUGCCUUGGAAGCCUUCCGGUUAGAUCCUGCAAAAUGGGGAGUGAACGUGCAGUCUCUUUCGGGGUCACCAGCUAACUUCCAGGUUUACACUGCACUACUGAAGGCUCAUGACAGAAUCAUGGCCCUUGAUCUUCCUCAUGGUGGACAUUUGUCACACGGUUACCAGACUGAUACAAAGAAGAUUUCUGCGGUAUCUAUAUUUUUUGAGACUAUGCCUUACAGACUAAACGAGAGCACUGGUUAUAUUGAUUAUGAUCAGUUGGAGAAAAGUGCAACACUCUUUAGGCCAAAAUUGAUAGUUGCUGGUGCAAGUGCUUAUUCUCGUUUGUAUGACUAUGCACGCAUUCGCAAGGUCUGUGACAAGCAAAAAGCCAUUCUGUUGGCCGAUAUGGCUCACAUCAGUGGGCUGGUUGCAGCUGGGGUUGUCCCAUCUCCAUUUGAAUACGCAGAUGUCGUGACCACUACGACUCACAAGUCCCUUCGUGGUCCACGUGGUGCCAUGAUCUUCUUUAGAAAGGGGCUGAAAGAAGUCAACAAACAAGGAAAAGAGGUGUUCUAUGAUUUUGAAGACAAAAUCAACCAGGCUGUCUUUCCUGGACUACAAGGAGGCCCACACAAUCACACUAUCACUGGUUUGGCAGUUGCGUUGAAACAGGCAACAACAGCAGAAUACAAGGCAUAUCAAGAGCAAGUCAUGAGCAACUGCGCCAAGUUUGCAGAGACUUUAACUAAGAGCGGAUAUGAGCUUGUUUCUGGAGGAACAGAGAACCACUUGGUUUUAGUCAAUUUGAAACCGAAGGGAAUUGAUGGUUCAAGGGUUGAAAAGGUGUUGGAAGCUGUUCACAUUGCAGCCAACAAAAACACUGUCCCUGGUGAUGUAUCUGCCAUGGUUCCUGGUGGUAUCAGAAUGGGAACCCCUGCUUUGACUUCUAGGGGAUUUGUUGAAGAGGAUUUUGCUAAAGUUGCCUAUUUCUUUGACCUUGCUGUAAAACUGGCUUUGAAGAUCAAGGGUGCAGCCCAAGGAACAAAGUUGAAGGACUUUGUGGCCGCAAUGGAGUCAGGUAACUUCCAAUCAGAACUUUCAAAGCUUCGCCAUGACGUGGAGGAAUAUGCCAAACAAUUCCCAACGAUCGGGUUUGAGAAGGAAACCAUGAAAUACAAAAACUAAGGAGUCAUAAAUGCCAGGCACAGGAAUUGGGACAAUGAUUUUGGUUUGGAAGGUGGAGGUGUGUAUUUAAGUGGAUGCUUCCAUUGAAAUUAUGAAAGCCAUUAUAUCAAGAAUGUGACUAAGGCUUAUUUCUAUAUGAACUCACUUGAAUCUUGAUUUCAUUUGUAUCCAAUGUAUAUGUAAAUCAAUGGAUGUUUUCUAUAAACCAAUAAACCUUUCUAUUUGGCUCAA